GCCUUCUGCCUUGACAAGUCUUCACAGAAAGUCAAAGUUCCUUGAGCUAAGGCGCACUCCCGUGUGGACCAGCAGCGUGACGGAUUUCGGAACGUCUCCAGGUGGUGCGGUCGGAACGACUCCGCGCGUGCCAGCCGAGGUCCGCUCCGGGCCCGCCCCCCCCCCCCAAGCUUGACGUGGGCUUUAAGGAGGCACCACGUUCCACAACCACCACGGCCUGCCGCCUUGACAAACAGACAGCAGCAGCAGAAGCAAGACUCUCACAAACCGACCUUGGGUUGAUACCAAUGCUUUCAACGACGCGCGGGACAUCAUCAUCAUCAACAUCAUGACUAGAGCGCUCCAAGUUACCGCCGCCGGCUGGCUCAUCAUUGCCCUGGGCCACACGCGCUCGGCAAAGGACUGGCAGCCGCACAUCAAGAACCUCCCGAACCUGGCUUACACGUGCGCCAAGGCCGGCUGGUACGAGGGAAGCGGCUACUUUGUCAUGACCGCGCUGCUCAACUACGCGUGGGCACAGAACCCCGAGCUCCUCCAGCAACCCAUCUUCAAGACCAUGGCCGGCCUCUUGGUGGCCAUAACCGCCGUCGCCGGGUGGUACUAUGCCAAGCGGGGGCUCGGGUCCAUCGCCCUGCCCGUCGGCGCGAUUGGCGCGCUGCAGGCGUACUCGGCGUUUUCGAUCUAGGCGGCGGGACAGACAGCGGUGUAUAACAGCAACAGAUUCAUGGAAUGAUUAUAUUUGCAUUGCAAUUCGGGGCGUCGCGUGAAUAGUUUGGCUGUGUGGUUUCGAGUUGAAGUGUUGCUCUCCUGAUGGAC